UUAACGAUGCUAAUGUUCGAUUUCAGCGAUGUUUCUCGCGUGCACUAAAGUUUCUCGCGUGCAACGGAACCACGUCCUUUCUUUUUCGUCUUCCUCCCGGUCCCCUUUUCCUUUCCUGCGAGCCAAGGAGGAGGGAGACAUGUGAGCCCCAUACACAUGCAUGUGGUCUUCGGCUCGGGAAAAGACCUUUUUCCUUCCUCCUUUCUAGGUCGCCCCUAGCUAUCAUCACCUGCUCCUCCCUUGAUCUACGUUUUACAAUCAUAGCCCCCGCUGGAAAUAGGCUAGGGCCGUCAAUGAGUUGAGCUUAAGCUGCCAAGCUGGAGCUCGAUAAAUCGACUCGAACACCCUACGAUGAUGACUAAGCUUGGAGAUGGGUUUGAUCUUGGCUUGAGUCAAAUUCGAGUUGGCUCGAGUUCGACUCGUCUAAGGCCGAUAACCGAACAAACCUCGAGGAUUCUCCAUACUGUAUUUUCGCUGCAGGUAAGCAGGUUCCAUCCGGUCUAGGCUUUCCCCGGCACCAGUUCUUCCAUGCAUAAUGCAUUGCAUGGUCAUUCUUAAUCGAUCUCGUGCUGUGCCUGUGACAGCCUUCACUUUUCUCUUUAUUAUCGACGAUAAUGUGGUCUAGGUGAUUAGUUUUCUUCCUAUGCUUUACUUAUAUCCCUUUUGUUUUCCUUGCGAUGUGGCUUCAGUUGGGGCUGUGCUGCAGCAUAAAGUAGGAGCAAGAAGUCCAAACUAAGAUAUGCUUCCAUGAUUAAGCUCGUUUGCCUCCAAUGGCUUUGCCUCUCUAGCACUCAUGCUGGUUCCAGGUUAGAUUGUAACGCACAGAAUUAUAUGUUCUGGGAAUGGAAGUUGUACAUAUAUCCCUUUUGUACAAUGAAUAUAAGGCCCUCUGUCAUGGGCCAUAGUCCAAUCUAUGGCCUAUUAGGAUCGGCCUGUCUAAAAACCCGCUCGUGGGUACUGUUUCUUGGUCAUUAAGUAGAUUAGGAUUUUUCAUUACUUUCUAAAUUGUAAUAUAUUACUUAGAGAUCAAGUUAGAGUCUUCCUAUAUAAAGAGAGACAGAUCAUCAAUAAAGAGAUAAGUAAGAAUUAGAAGAGAAAUCCUUCUUCUUACCGUCUAGACGUCUGACGCCUGAUCGACCCUCGCCUUUUCUCUCUCAAGACACCGCCUCCUUCACCCAAACCCUAGCCGCCGGUGACCUCUAUGGUCAUCAUUCCUCCUCUGCUCCCUUCAAUAAACAACUACCAUUACACCCUCUCUUCCUUGCUAGCCACUAAUCUUGAUAUGCUCAAACUUUAAGUAUUGGAGCCGCACGCUUUAUUAGUUGUCUCCCAACUCAAAAGUACCAAGUCCUUACGUUGGAAGCAAGCAUUGGUGGUUUUUAAUAGCCUUCUCUUUAGUUUACAUUGAUGCUUGCUCAAGGCAAGGAGACAGGAUGAUUUGGGGAUGAAGGACGUUUGCAAAUAUAUAAGCAUACAAAUGUCGAGGACUACCUGAUAAAGGAGGUAAUUUAGGCAUGUGUAAUCAUCAAUUACUACUAUUAUUUUACUUGCACUGCCCAGGUAAAAAGGUCAUACAUAUAAACACCUCUUGGUUUCAUACUGACAUUAUAUACAGCUUUUACUGGAUAUGUUAUACUUGUUGCAGACUCUAGUAACAGAAAAGAAGAAAGAAGCUUAAAUUAGUCAGCCUACUAACACUGAUAGCAGCUUUUGGCUUGUUAGUUAGCUCUGUUAUUUCCUAAGAGGAUACUAGUGGCACCUAAGCAAGAUUUUACUGCACUAAAUCAUCGCAUAGGAAUGCGCACAGGGGAUCAGAAUCUUACUCAUACUGCCCACGGUUGGUGGGAACUGUCACCAAAGGGCUAAUAGUGGAGCAUCAGUAAUUAAAGACUAGUUACCUUCAAAACAGCAGCUAUACAAAUUUUCAGUAGGUUGGGGUAGCCUUGCACUGCAUUCACAGACAUUGUUAUUGACAUGUUGCUGGCUUGGAUUCUCCAUCUGUCCUGCCACUGGUGACAACCCACCCAGAGCAUUACCCAUCACAGACAAGCCAAUUUUGUUGCAUUAUCCUCAAAGUGUUUGUCACAUCAUAUUACCAAUUCUGUGUAUCAUAGUUCCAGAGAUGAUAAUAACCGUUCCUUAUAUCAGAAUCCAAGUAGGAGUACUAGUUAACCGCACAAAGGGAAAAAGACUUGCAUAUUCUGCAUCUCUUUCUUUUUUAUGACGGAUUCUCUUUUGUUAAAACCAGUCUCUGUAAGUAACACAAACCCAUAAAAUUUGAUCCUAUUCGUGAUAUGCAGGCAAGUUGUGUUCGUAAAUGUCGUGUGGUUGCAGAUGAUCCACAGAGACAUCUGCCGCGGUAGGGUGCCUUUGAGCCUCAGAGAAUGAGGAGGCCACGGCGGCCUCAUCACAUCCUCCAGAGUCACACACUUGCAAUGAUAAGCAUCUUCCUUCUUCCCCGUCACAACAACAGAAGAAUACCUCCAUGAAUUCUCCCUUGGAAGCAAAGAGAGUCGGUCACAGACUCACAGUCCCUUUGCUUACACACGCACCAGCUCACCCAUCUUACUAAUCCAGCAAUCCUAAUCAUCGUAACAACUAACACACUUGCAUAGAUACAUCAUACAUGCAUGACAUGUGGAGGUGUUGUACUAGAAUGGAUAAACCAUUGUACACCGCCAGUUACCUGACAUCCACCAUGAUGCGCAUCAGAGGCCGAUUGGUCCCCUGCACGAAGGCCGCACGCCCCUUCUUUCCACGAGCUGCUUUUCCUGCAUCGCCCGUUCGGCCAUUCCAUUUCUUUCGCUUUCUUUCUCUUUGGCUUGGCCUUGGCCUCAGCUACAGGAUACAGCCCUUUGAAUCAUUUCCCUACCCCCCCCCCCCUCCUCGCCUAUACGGACACUAGUCUUUAUAGGAGGAUCAUGUGGUGGGCUGCUGCUGCUGCCGCUACCAAGUGUGCAUGGGAGUGGGGAGCCACUCCUUUGAGCUGCCCAAACAUGAUCCUGGGAUUAUUUUGUGUGCCAGUCUCGCAGCCUUGCCUUCACAUCAACUGCUGAUGAAGACGAGUGUUCCUCUGAGACCUUUUCCCUCUUUAGUUUUCUCCUCGGCGUCCUCGCUCCACAUUGCCACCACUAGAUCGGCUGAGAUUUCACUUUCGAUUCAGUGACUAUCUUUAAGUAGAGGCAGCCGAGCUGGCCCUCUUCUUGUAGGUUCUUGUCAUUCGGCAGUCGCCACUGAGCUCCUGUGAUCCCGUUAGCAGAGGCAAAAGCAUAGGGAUAUAUGCAGUUGCUAGCUCCUGCCUUCAGUUCAGAGAAGAGUGCAGGGUGCUAGUGCUAAUCCUGAAGCUGAAGGGAGUCGUUUGAUUGCAAACGAAGAAGUGAGUACCAAGCAGCCAUGAGCGGACUGGGGCAGAGGUCACGGCCAUGGCCAGGGGACCCCGCAUCUACGCCGUCAGAGCCAGCUGCCGCAGUUGCCGCGGCCGCGGACGCGAGGGGCGAGGCGUCCACGCUCAAUGACUUCGGCACGUCGAUGGACGCCAUCUCCUUCGGGUUCGCGGCCACGGCCAUCCUCAUCUCGCUCUUCCUCCUCAUGGCCAUCUUCGAGCACCUCAUCAAGCCCCGGGCCUUCCCGCCGCAAUCCCCCGACGGCAGGCCCCACCCCGCCCGCCACCGGCAUGGCCGUUCGCCCGGCAAGCUCCGGAGCCCGCCCAUGGUGGAGGCGGUCCUGCAGGCGGCGGACCUAUCGGUGCUGAUGCCGGGACAGCGGUACCCGACGUACCUGGCGCAGCCGGCGCCACUGCCGCCGUCGUGCCCCAGGGAAGGCGUGCAGUGGCCGGCGCACGACCACCACAACUCGUACAUGCCACCUUAAUUCUCCACAGAAACAUGCUGCGCACAUGCUGUGGACCGUGAUGUUCAUUCGUUGUAUAGCGGCGAAGAGGAUGUAAAUGCAGGAGAUGGCGAGUCCGGUAUGGACAUCCUGUCCUGGCUAGCUGCCCUCUUGUUCUUGUCCAUAUGCAUGGUCGUUUCAGAUGCUGAAAUCGCAAAAAGUUCAGGCGCAACCGUCGCCUGUCCUCGGUGUCAAGAACAUGAAGCUGUUCACUAACAAUUUAGUAUAGCAAAACUGGUCCUUGAAGAGAUUGGAUGGCCCGCUAGAGCCGAGUAAGUU